UUAUGUAUUAAAUGACAUUUUGGUUUUAAAAAAUGUUGAGAAAAUUACAAUCGAGUGAAAAAAACACGAGUAGAGCAGUACAAGCCACAAGACAAUUGCGAAAGAAACGACGAAAAAUCAUGUAAAUUGCGCAUUUAUACCCCGACAGAAAAAGAAAAUCAAUUUCAGAAAUAAUUGAGGCUAAAAGCAUUUACUAAAACACAAAUAUUCUUUGAGAGCCGCUCAGAAAGUGCGUUGAAAGCCAAAAUAUAUACAACCGAAGGGGGAAAUAAGGUGGUGUGAGUUCUAGGGAAAUAUUGCAACUUAAACCAAUAGACUAGAAACAAUUUUGGAUAAAAUCAAUCAAAACUAAAGCAUUAAAUCCAUAUGUCAGAUUCGGAAUACAGUGAAACCUUGGAUGUGAAUGGCCAAGAUGAAAGUGAAGGCAAUGCAAUACACCUGCAACUAUUGCAGCAGCAGCAACUACAGCAACAGCAAUAUCAACAGCAACAGCAGCAACAUCAUAACCAACAAAAUGUUAGCUAUAUGACCUAUGCCGGUUCGACAUCCUCCUCCUCUGGCGAAUCUAGUAUCUCCACCACGUCUUCCGAUGAAUCGGAUGCAGAGGACUCUGAAGACACUUUGGAAUUGGCCAAAAUAACCACAGAGGUUUUAAACUUACCGCGCGGUCUGUGUGAAAAUGCUGCUAUAUUCCAAGAGUUUUUCUCCUUGUCCACAUGGCAGGAAUUACCUUUACCAGUGCAACAACAUUUACAACAAUUCCUGCCUCGUUUCCAACAACUCUUGCCACCACAAAUGGCCGCUGUAGAACAGUCUCGCACGAUUUCCAUGCUCUUUAAUAAUGAACUAACACGAUUUGGUGCUUCACCUUUAACCAGUCUGCAGCAACAACUAGAAGUUGGCAACUGUAGACCUGAUAUCAUAAAACUACGUCAAAAUAUUUUGAAAUCUCGACGUCGAGAACAAAGAUUUCAACAUUGUGAACGUUUGUCACAUACCGCCAAACACUUGUUUAUCUCCCGCCAAAGACUAUUGGAUACGGCCUAUAAAUCCUCACCGGAUUCGUUCAUAAAACCGGCUGCUUUCAAAGGCUCUUUAACGCAAAAUAAACAACAGCCUAAACCUUCACAUCUGUUCGCCGACAACAAACUGUCGGCCAUGCGUGCUCGAAAACGUUUCUAUAGUGAAAUUUCCCAAUUAGCACAACAGUUGGGCUUAAAGGGUGAUGUUGUCUUAAGUGCCGAUGAGGAGGAUGAUGAUAGCUUGCUGGCGGAUGAAAUGAAAAAGGAACAGCAAUUACAACAGCGUGGUUUGGAAAAUGAAAAUGAGGCUGUUAAGACCUCCACCUCUUUGGCAGAUCGUUGUAUUUAUAGUACGAUCUUUAAGAAACAUCAGGAUAUUGAAGAUGAGGAGGCUUGUCGUCUACAGCAGAAAUCUAAACAGUCCAAACUGACCAAUCGCAACUUUAGAGAGUAUUUAAGGGAACAUAAGCGCAGGAAAAUAACAGAACCGACUCUUCCCGAAUUCGAAACUUCUGAUAUACGUUUAAGAGAUGUUUGUGCUCGUGCCCAAAUGGGUGGUAAUUUCAAACGUAUGUUUGCCUUUGGUAAGACACCGGGACGUAAACCAAAAAUAAUGCCAACAACUUUAACAGCAACAGCACCGACUCCAGCUACGUUCUCGAACACCACAACAUCAUUAACAAUAUUAGCAACAAAUGUUACAACUACCACCAACACAACAACUGCAAUUACACAACCUAUAACUCUCACAUCACUACCGCCUCCACCGCUGCCACCACCAAAACUAAGUGAACCUCCCGCAUUAGUACCCAUACAACCAAUGCUUAAAAAACCCGAGACAUAUCAAAUGGCAACAAAAUCACCAACAAAGGAAUAUCAUCUUCAGCAGCAACAACAUCAUACUAUAACCCAACAACAACAACAUUCCUUGGUUCACACCCAUUCUGCUGGUUUAAAUAGUAACACCACAAAUGACUCUCUAAAUAUCUCCCAAUUAAUGUCGGUAACAAAUCAUGAAGAUAAUCUUAAUUUAUGUAUGGAUGAUUCUUCUCUAUUAACGGCCGAUCACGAUGCCUUUAAUAUGCUUGAUAAUGAAGUGGAAUUACAACAGGAAGAAGUAGAAACAUUUGGUGGAACUUGUGAGGAAACUAUACCCGCUUUUGUUAUAGGCAACGAUGUAAUUAUGCCUUCAGCAAGUGAUAACGCUGGCAAUGACAAGACCAACAAUUCGUUAACAUUUAACAAACCCCAGCAACAACCCUCACAGCAAAUGGAAACUGUUGUGGUAACACAGCCGGUCCCCAAAUUAGAACCCAUUUCGCGAACAUCUCUUAUAACCCCAAAAGUAACUUCAACAGCUUCAACAGCUCCUACUGUUAGUGAAUUAAUACAGGAGACACAUGCUUGUUAUUUCUCUUUAAUACGCGACUUUUUCUGUUCCACACCCAAUCAUCGCAUGCGUUAUGAUGACUUGCGUCAUAAAAUUGAUGUUUGGCUGCGUAAUCCCAUUACCGCUUUAAAUGAAUGGUAUUCUUUGGCCGACAACUGGUCUAAUCUUUUAAAGUCGGCUAUUAACUUUCUAGUGGGUGAAUUUCCCGAUCUACCAGAUGAAUAUGUACCCUAUAUAGAGCACAAGGUGCAGUUAAACAUCUACCAAUGGAUAGGAGCUGGACGUGACUCAGAUAAUAGACUUACUGAACUGUGUACUCUAUGGAUGGAGAAACGUAAACAACCCAGCGAUAGACAGACAAACAAUUUAACACAAACAGAAUUGAAAUUAGAAAUUUGUCCUCGAAGUUCUGUGGAAAAUGAUGAUUCAGGCGAGGCAGGCAGUGAUAAUGGAGGAGGCUUAACACCGCCCCCACCACCACCCAGAUGUCCCACCAAUUGGGCGGUAAGAGCAGCUACUUUAGAGGAAAUUGCAGAAUUUCAAAGGCAGGAACGAGAGAGAUUCGAACAACCCCAUAAAGCCUACACUUAUCGCAUGUAUGGCUAUGAAAGUGUAGUAGGUCCGGUCAAGGGGAUCUACACACCCUUAUUGGCACUCAGUAAGGCACGUGGUCAUAGUAUGAUGGUAGGUGAUCGUCCUAACUUUGUUACGAUUUUAACUUUGGUAAGAGAUGCUACUGCUCGUUUACCUAAUGGUGAGGGUACUCGAGCAGAAAUAUCCGAGCUGCUUAAAUGUUCACAAUACAUCAAUCGUGAUGCUUCCGAGAAUGUUUUACAAACUAUUGUAAGUGGAGCUUUGGAUCGCAUGCACACCGAACAUGAUCCCUGUGUACGCUACGAUCCUAAACGUAAAAUAUGGAUUUAUUUGCAUCGUAAUCGUUCGGAAGAAGAAUUUGAGCGCAUACAUCAAGAAAAUCAAACUAUAGGCAAAACAAAAAAGUUGCCUCAAAGAAAACCCAAACCUUUAAGCCAUACUUCAGCACCUGGCGGUACCGGCAAACCGUCUACUAUGUUAGAUAAUGAUAAUUUUAACUUGGUUAACAGCUCAGAGACCAGCAAUGUUAGCAGUAAGGUUACUGGUUCCUUAAUAACCAUGCCAGCAUUAGUACCCUCAAAUCCCAUUAUUGUCAGCAAUAAUAGUGUAGUGCAACGGCAGCAACAGGUUUUGCAACAGCAAUUAAUAAACAGUAACAAAUGUCCACCGGUUCCUCCCUUAAAAUAUAAUAUACCGCUGGCUUCAUCAGCAAAUAGUACACAACAGCAACAACAGCAGAAAUCCUUAUUAAAAACCACCAUAAGAACAGACAAUAAAGCUUUAAAUACCAGCAAUAAUAACAGCUCGAGUAGCAACAGCAGCAGUAAUAUACUCAAACAGCACAGUUUUCAAAUGCCACCAAAUAAAAAUCAUCCUAAUCAUAAUACCACCCCCAUAAUAGUGGCCACACCGCAAGGUUUGCAAACUGUUCAUGUAUCAAAUGCCACUUCGGUUAUGCCGGCUCAAAACACCAACAACCAGACAUCACAACAGCUAACUAACACUGCUCAACAGCAACAACAACAACAACAUAACACUAAUCUAACCGCCAAUUUAGCCGGCAAACGUGUUACUCUUAAUAAACCCAUCAUUAUAAAUCAAGUAACAACAUCAUCCACAUCCUCCUCGCCCUCAACAAACUCCUCUCCUGCCAACACAAUUAAAAAAUCUCCGCAACAACUUAUACAGAAAACACAAUUAAUACAAAAUCGGAUAACACUACAAACAAAUCAACAUCAAAUUUUAACCCAGCAACAGCAACAAUCGAAUCUUAUUAUACCGCUAUCAAUGGCCAACAAUAUGUCACUUAAUGUUCAAUCAACAUCUAAUGUUACAGAACCUUCUCAUCCUCCUACUACUUCUCAAACUGUUGCUAGCAACCCAGCGUCUGCUUCACUAAGUAACAAACAAAAUAUUAUACGUUUAGUUCCUACUUCAAAUGUCAAAACACUUAUGUCGGCACAAUCACCAACUACCCAAAUUGUUAAUAGACAAAGAAUUGUUUCUACACCAACAACAGAACGUCCAACUACCCCACAACAUCAACAGCAGCAGCAACAAAAAUCUCAUUCUAACACCAGUGGCUUUCAAUUACUAUCGAAUACUGGCAAUGUGAUUACUGUUAGUGGUACGGUUACAAAUCCAGCUGGUUCUAUUGUAAAAAUGUCACCGCAACAAUUUGCUGCUCUACAGCAAAAACAAGGUCAACAGCAGCAACAUAUUAUUGUUAAGCACUCGGGCGUUACGAAAACUCAAACAGCUGUGGCGACGGGCACUAAACCUCAAAGAGUUAUUUUGGGCAACACUUCUAUUGUGGGUCAAACGGGUCAAGGCAAAAGUAUUGUCCUGCAACAAAUACCAGUGGCUUCAUCUUCAGUUGUGGUAACACCCUCCCAAGCGACUACCGUUUCUUCGGCUACAACAACCAUAAGCGGCAAUAAAAUACAAACUAUAAAUGCUAAAAAUUUGACACCACAACAACAACGUAUACUAAUACAAAAUCUGAAAAAACAACAGCAGCAGCAACAGCAAACUAUAAAUCCAAAUCAAAUACAGUUUAAAACAGUACAAGUUGUGGGAAAUACUUCAGCUAACCAGACAAACAUGACCGGUAGAGUUCAAACGGUUGCUCAACACAAUAAUCCCAAAACUUCAGUUGUGGUAGUCUCACAGGAUAAUGCAACCGUGCAACAGCAAAAUAUAACUAGAAUUCUCAAAACCACCAGCCCACAAUUAAAGUCCGACAUAACUGGAGCUGGUACCCGCGUUAUAACUAGUUCUAGUGGACAAAUAAUAUCUCUAGAUAAUUUAAUACAAAAACAAGGAGGAACAUUACGUAUAACUGGCACCGCCAAUAACACACAAACUAUCAAAACUAAUCAACAACACUUAACUGCAAAUGUGUUGCAAAAAUCUCAACAGCAACAAGUGAAGCAAACCCAACAAUAUGCUAUUGUUUCUGUACCGAAUAGUAUUAUAUCCUUGGGCAGCAAUUCUAAUUUUACUGUGGGCCAAAGAAUUAUCACAACACAAGCAGGUUCUAGCAAUACCAGCACUUUGGUAAAUCUAGACUCUACGAAAGUAACACCAUCUGUUGUAUCAACAGGCACAGGUCGUGUUAUAACUGCAACAGCCGCUGGUACUAAAAUUAUUACAAAACAAACACCCGCCACCUCAAAUGCAGCUGGAAAUAUACGUCUUAUUAAUACAGUCAAUCAAACGGCCAACAUUAAUUUGGCCACUUUACAAGGUAAACAAGUGGUCUUAACAACUGGCAAGACAUUGAAUACUAUUAGCAAGACUCAGUCACAGCAGCAGCAAAAUGUGGUUCAAACCCAGCAGGGCAGCAUUGUUAUUGGUGGGCAAACGGUUAAAUUGCAGCAAGGAAAUACAAACAUACAACAACUGCUGCAGAAAAGUGGCGGCAGUAUAAUUACCAGCCAAAAUUCUUCAACAAAUCUUACAGCAACAACAACAACACCACAUUUACAAACCGUCAUAAUGGGUAAUCAAAUCUUAAGGGUACAACAAUUACCACAAAUUGUCUCGACAGCAAAUCGUAUAAAUGUAUCGAAUGCAAAAACUCUAAGCAAUAACAUGGAUAACAGUUUAACGACCACAAACUCCAAAACGCCAAAAACAAUAUUUGUCGGUUCGACAGGACAAACAUUAAGACUACAGCCAGCCUCCUCACAAACACAAAACAUAACAAAUAAAAACAUAAUUGUACAAACGCAGCAACAGAAUCCAACAAAUAAAACUGCAGCCACCAGUAGUGGUAAUGCAACCACACCGAAUCGCGUCGUUUUAGCCGUACAAGGUGGUGGUCAAAUAUUUUUAUCGCCUAAUUUUCAAGGUGGUAAUAUUAAUCUUAAGUCGUUGCAAAAUAUGAAGGUGGUAUCAUUGGCUCAACAUCCCACCGCAAAACUUAAAGAUUCUUCAACUGCAACCAAUACUUCAUCGUCAUCAUUAGCAUCAUCGUCGUCAGCAUCAACGUUGACAGCUCAACCUACACAGAACAUAUUAAAAACUACAUCCACACCCUCUACUAGUGAUACAAAUGUUUAAACAUUUAACUUUUAGUAAACAAAAAAAAAAAAAAAAAAACAACUCUUUUUAUAAUGUAAACCAAU